GUUUCUUUUUAUAUAGUUAUAAAAAUUUCAGUGUUUUCUUGUAAAACGAACGGUGUUGAUAGGGCAAAAUCCAAAACUCUGCCUCAUCUCAGUCGUCUCCCUUUCUCCCUUCUUCUCCAACGUCCGAUCUUCCAGUUCCCUCUAUCCACAGGUAUGGCGGAUGGUCAAGGUUCGUCUAGGUCACCGGCGAGUCCGAACGGAGGUGGUAGUCAUGAGAGUGGUGGGGACCAGAGUCCGAGGUCUAACGUACGUGAACAGGACAGGUUUUUACCGAUAGCUAAUAUUAGUAGAAUCAUGAAGAAGGCACUUCCUGCUAAUGGAAAAAUUGCGAAGGAUGCUAAGGAGACUGUUCAGGAAUGUGUUUCUGAGUUCAUCAGCUUCAUUACUAGCGAGGCAAGCGACAAGUGUCAGAGAGAGAAAAGAAAGACUAUUAAUGGUGACGAUUUGCUAUGGGCAAUGGCAACUCUUGGGUUUGAAGAUUAUAUUGAACCACUCAAGGUGUAUCUUGCUCGAUACAGAGAGGUAAUGAUCACUAUGUUUCUGAUUCAGCUUUCCCUUGUCACCCUUUUGCAAUGAAGCAUAAAUUGAUGGAUUUUCCUCUUAUGUGGUUGGUGGGAUACCUGUUGGAUGAAUGAAUUGUUGCAGAUGGAGGUAAGUGAAUGUCUAAUAUAAUGUCUUUAUUAUCAUUUCUUUUCUUUUUUCUUCUUUGCCUGUGGGAGCAACUGAUUCAUUUAGUAGGGUGACACAAAGGGAACGUCAAAGGCUGCUGAUGGCUCUACUAAAAGAGAUGGGAUGCAACAUGGUCCUAAUUCACAGCUUGCACAUCAAGGUUCAUACUCACAAGGAAUGAAUUAUGGGAACUCUCAGGGUCAGCAUAUGAUGGUCCCGAUGCAAGGGACAGAGUAAAAAUCCGAUCUUCGUUCUGUUUGAGAAGACAGUGGACUUAAAAACAUAUUCUAAAUAUAGAUCUUCUGCUAUAACCUCUGUAUCAUGGUUUAUUUAUUCUAGUGAGUGCCAUGUCAUAUUUAAAGUUUGUAAAUUUAGGAGAUGUUUAAGAAAUAUUAUGGACAUGAUUGUUUGUAGUAAUAAUGAAAACCAUUACCUAGUACUUCAAUUGCAGGAUGUUGGUUCUCUAUGGAUGAAU